CUGCGAUUUCCUUUGGCAGCGGAAUCCGUUCUUGCAGAACACGCCCAGCUCUGCUCUCUUCAGACACACACACAAACACACACUCACUCGGAGCUUCUGAAGGACGCAGCAGGUUCUGGGACUCUCCACCAUGUUCCUUGCUCAAGCUUUGCUAGAUGCUGCCACCGGUGGUGGCGGCGGCGGCGGAGGUGGCAGAGGCGGCGGUGGUGGUGCUGGAGCCUUCCUGAAGAAUUUGGCAGGAGGAGGAGGUGCCUUCCUGAAGAACUUGACAGGAGGAGGAGGAGGUGGUGGCGGUGCUGGAGCCUUCCUGAAGAACUUGACAGGAGGAGGAGGAGGAGGUGGUGGUACUGGAGGUGCCCUUAUACAAGGCCUUGGUGGACUCCUAUCAGGAGGAGGAGGAGGAGGAGGCAGUGGUGGUGGAGGAGGAGGAACAAGUGGCGGUGGCGGGAAAGCCGUCAAUGUUAUGGGUCUUCUCGGAGGUCUUGUCAACAUCAUCAGUGAAGCUGCAGCCCAGUACAAACCAGAGCCCCCGCCAGCUCCCCGCAGCCAUUUUGCCAACGUGGAAGCCAAUGAAAGUGAGGAACUGCGCCAGUUCCGACGGCUCUUCGCCCAACUGGCGGGCGACGACAUGGAAGUGUGCGCCACCGAGCUGAUGAACAUCCUCAACAAGGUGAUGGCCCGCCAUCAGGACCUGCAAUCCGAGAACUUUAGCCUGGACACUUGCCGAAGCAUGGUGGCCGUCAUGGACAGUGAUGCCACCGGCAAGCUGGACUUCUACCAGUUCAGGUACCUUUGGAACAACAUCAAGAAGUGGCAGUGCUCCUUCAAAGAGUAUGUCGGCCCGGCAGGAAGAAUCGAGAUGAGGAAUCUGCCGGCAGCUUUCAAGGCCGCCGGAUUUAACCUCCACGAGCAGCUCUACGCCCUGAUGAUCCGCCGCUACGCCGACGAAGACGGCAGCAUGGAUUUCAACAACUUCAUCAGCUGCUUGGUCCGUCUGGAUGGAAUGUUCCGGGCCUUCAAAUCCUUGGACCGACGUGGGGAUGGAAAAGUCCAGAUGAACAUUGAAGAGUGGUUGCAGCUCACCAUGUACUCUUAAAACAAGCAAGGGAUGGAAAGCUGUGGUUUGCUCCACCUUGGACCAUACCAUUUAUGGGGGGGGGGUUGAGGGAGGAGGGCUAGAUGUAAAAUUCCUUCUUCCAAGAUUCCUUGAAUUAAACCUUCCUGUUUACAGUGAGUGCCUUUUAACUGAUGGCACUUCUGGGUUACUGAGAUUAGCCAAUGCAUGCAUUUUUUUAAAAGAACAUUUGCUUAUUGCUUAUGUUUUGGUUUGCUGUUCAUGGCCGUGCCUGAAUUCUGCAAUAAUAUUAAGAUUGCAAGCUCAUGUUAGCCAUGUUGGAAGUGCGUGGGAACCUGUGGGUUAUUUCAUGGGCAACUAGGAGGGAAAACCCAGUAUUUUGUUGCUAAAUAAAAGAUAGCCUACUCCUCUCCUUAGGUUAACGCCUACGUUGUGCAAAACGAAGCAAACGGUUGUUAUCGUUAUUCCAAAUGUUCUCUCUCUCUGCUUUAGGAGAAUGAAUUUUGAUCUCCUUUCCUUAUUUCGUUUCCAAUAUUGUUCUUAUCUUCUUCCCCUAAAUUGAUAAUUCGGGGAUUCUUCUAAGCCUUGAAUAGUCCCUGGUCAGGUUUAGGUAGUUCUUCUUGUGCUUUUCAAAAAUAUGACUGACUUUAAUUUACAGAUGUCUCUCUUGUGGAACAUAACCUGGGAUCUCCGUUAUGCCCGGAGCUCUGUUGUCCUCUAACCAUGGAUGGGCACUCGGGCAUCCUAAACUCAUUUUUGAAAGAAUAAUAUUAGCCGCUCUCAACCUGUUGCCCUCUAUGUGCCAUAUAUCUGUGUUUUCAUGGUGGUCAUUAAUGGUCAUUUGGGGUGAUGGACAUAGCACUGUGGGAGAUUUGGAAAACGACACAUUGUGUAAACGCAACCUGCAGCUUCUGGAUUAGCCACGUUCUCUGUUGCUUUGCUGAGCGCUGGUUUGUCAAAGGAAGGAAUCAUGGCAAAAAAAUAGAUCUAGUCCUUUGAAAAGGACUCUCCAUUGUAAAGAAGAGAAAAUAAACUUGGAUUAUAACAAAAGGAGAA